AUGGCGCACGGCUCGGACGCGGGGCUGUCGGAGAUGACGGCGGCCAGCCGGUCGCGGAGCUCCAGCAGCGAGGCCAGCCUGGCCGCCCACUGCCUCCUGAGCAAGCAGAGCCGCCUGCUCAACGGGGCCGCCCGGGGCGGCAGCCGCGCCGCCUCCCCCAUGGGCCGCGUCAUCCUCAUCAACUCCCCCAUCGAAGCCAGCAGCAACGAGAGUGACAUUAUCAACGCCAUCACGGUGGAGAAGAGCGUGGACGGCAAGCUGGGCUUCAGCGUCCGUGGUGGCUCCGAGCACGGGCUGGGCAUCUUCGUGAGCAAAGUGGAGGAGGGCAGCGCUGCUGAGCAGGCCGGGCUGUGCGUGGGUGACAAGAUCACAGAGGUGAACAGCGUGAGCCUGGAGAACAUCACCAUGAGCAGUGCCGUCAAGGUCCUCACCGGGAACAACCGCCUCCGCAUGGUGGUCCGACGGAUGGGCCGUGUGCCGGGCAUCAAGUUCUCCAAGGAGAAGACAGCCUGGGUGGACGUGGUGAACAGGCGCCUGGUGGUGGAGAAGAGCGGCUCGACACCAUCAGAGAGCGGCUCCGAGGACGGCCUGCGGCGCAUCGUCCACCUCUACACCACCUCCGACGACUACUGCCUGGGCUUCAACAUCCGCGGCGGCAGGGAGUUCGGCCUCGGCAUCUACGUCUCCAAGGUGGACCCCGGGGGGCUGGCGGAGCAGAACGGCAUUCGGGUAGGAGACCAAGUCCUUGCAGCCAACGGAGUCAAGUUCGAAGACAUAAGCCAUAGCAAGGCAGUGGAGGUGCUCAAGGGGCAGACCCACAUCAUGCUAACCAUCAAGGAGACCGGCCGGUUCCCUGCCUACAAGGAAUUGGUGGCCGAAUACUGCUGGCUCAGUCACUUGACCAACGGGCAGCUGCAGCAGCUCUCGCAGGCCUCGGAGACCAGCUCCUCCAUCUCGUCGUACUCGUCGGGGCCGGCGCCGGGGGCGGUGAACGGGCUGGGCACGGCGGCCCCGGCCCGCACCGUGGACGUGGCCAUCUCCACGGAGGACGGGCCGCGGCGGGGCUGGGGCCAGGGCCGGGAGCGCGCCGAGCGGGCCAUGCAGACGGAGCCGGCCGCCGAGGGGCUGCCGGAGACGCGGCGCACGGUGCGGCCCCCCGAGCUGCUGCGGGACACGGCCAUCCGCGGGGGCCAGGGCGCCCGGGAGCCCCCCGGCCCCGUCCAGCGCCGGCCCUUCGCCCACUCGCCCAAGACGGCGCUGCUGCUGGCGCUGAGCCGGCCGCGGCAGCCCAUCACCCGCUCCCAGAGCGAUCUCACCGUCGCCGAGGAGAAGCGGAAGAAGGAGAAGCCGGAGGGGCUGGGGGUACGGGGGGCCCCCCCCGGCCUGCACCGCUCCAAGACCCUCGUCAACCUCUUCUUCAAGGGCGGCCGCGCCACCAGCCAGAGCUGGGCCCCCCCCGGCCAGGAGCCCCCCGCGCCCGACCGCCGGGCACGCGCCAAGUCCGUGGGGCGCCCCGACGAGGACCGAGCAGGCGCCGUGCAGAAGUUUGUCAUCCGGAGCCUGAAGCGGGAGAAGAGCCGCCGCGGCAGCAUCCUGGGCCCCGUGGCGCCGCAGCCCGCCGCCGGCAGCGAGCCCGACGCGCGCCUGCCGCUCAUCCGGGACGCCGCCGCCCGGCUCCUCGGCCCCGACGAGGUGGCGGCCGUGCUUCGCCACUGCACCCGGUACCUGCACGAGGGCAGCGUGGAAGAUCUGGUGAGGCCGCUGCUCGCCAUCCUGGACCGGCCCGAGAAGGUGCUGCUGCUGCGUGACGUGAGGAGCGCGGUGGCCCCCACGGACCUGGGCCGCUUCGACAGCAUGGUGAUGCCCCUGGAGCUGGAGGCGUACGACGCCCUGAGGAGCCGCGCAGCGCGGCCGCCCGCCCUGCGCCCGGCCCAUCGCGACGUCCCCCCCAAGAGACACCUCAUCACACCAGUGCCUGACUACCGGGGCGGGUUCCUGCUGAAGCCGGCGGGAGCCCCGGAGCCGGAGGAAGCCGGGGGGCUGCAGGGAGGCCCAGCCGGGCCACGGGCCUCCCCCAGCCCCCGUCGCUCUCGCCCCCGCACCUACACCCCCCUCCCUGACGUGCCAGUGGAUGCCUACGCCUGCGCCAGCGGCCCCCCGCCCGCCGCGGGGCCCGGGCCCCCCAACUGGCUGCUGGCGGAGCCCCCGGGCGAGGGGCGGGGGCGUUCGCGCAGCCCCCGACCCACCUGGCGCCAGGAGCCCCACGGAGGGGCCGAGGCGGGCGAGGGCGCCCGCUGCUCCGCGCCGGGGAAGCCCCGGCGGGCCCGGCCGCCCCUCGGACCCCUCUUCGGGGGGCCGGGAGGCGAGGCGGGGGCCGAGCCGGCCGCCAACGGCCCCGGGGAGGCCGGGGAGGAGGAGGAGGAGGAGGAGUACCGGCUGCUCACCGUCACCCUCUCCAAGCUGAAGCACUCGCUAGGGAUCAGCAUCUCCGGCGGCAUCGAGUCGCGGGCACAGCCCGUGGUGAAGAUCGAGAAGAUCUUCCCUGGGGGAGCUGCCUUCCUCAGCGGCCUCCUCAAGGCUGGGCACGAGCUGGUGUCAGUGGACGGGGAGAGCCUGGAGCACGUCACGCACCAGCGGGCCGUGGACAUCAUUCGCCAGGCCUACCGCAACAAAGCCAAGGAGCCCAUGGAGCUGGUGGUGCGGGUGCCCGUGGGCCCCUCCAAGUGAUGCUGCACCCCCCACCCACCCACCCACACUCCGGGAAGCUUUCCCACAUCCCAGAGAAGCCGGCUCGUUCCUGCAGCGAGCAGCGGCCGGUCUCAGUGCAGCAGGAAAAGGGGCACAAGCGACGGAGCACCCCACGGCCUGGGCACAGAGGAGCUGCCCACGGCAGGACCCACACAGGAGCACCCAGAGGCAGGUUGGAGAUGCAAGGUGGGGGCAGGCAGCACCCAACCCCGCGCCAGACACACAGAUGUGAGGCUGGCCUUGGAAAAAAAAAAAAAACACAGCCAGGAGCUUGUUUUUAAUUGGCAUUUCCGGGUGCUACAAGGACAAGCCAGGCUCUGGAAAUGGGACACAACCGAAAUAAAGUAUAAAAAUCCCCCCCUGGAGCCAGGGGCAACCAAGCCAGA